UUAACUUGCAAACUUCCGCUUCCAAGAUAAGCAAACAUGGCGGCGUCCGCAACUCCAGUAAUAGCCGACCAAGCGCCAACAACUUCGGCGUCGGGAAGAGGUAACAUCCCGUUUGACUUCUCGCAGCCUCCCAUCAUAGAGGGUUUCAACCCUUUGCCAAGGGUCAAAGAUGAAACUUUUAAGGAAAAGUUCUUGAGGAAAACCAAGGACAACCCGUUCGUCCCAAUAGGUUGUUUGGCGACAGCGGGAGCGCUGAUGUAUGGCCUGCGAGCGUUCCACCAGGGCAAAACCAGGCAGUCGCAGUUGUUGAUGCGGGGCCGCAUCUUUGCCCAAGGCUUCACCGUCGUUGCCAUUGUCGUCGGUGUUGUUGCCGCUGCACUCAAACCCAGGGAGUGAGGAAGAGGCGGCACCGCAAAUGCACAAUAUUCUGUCCGCAGAGAAAAAUAAGACGGUUUGAAGGAAGCUCAAAAUGCGAUGUGUAUAUAUAAUAUCCUGGUGUCAAUCAGGACAGCGUUAUUUGGGCAUUUCAAAUGAGGCUUACAAACUGCUACAUUACUCACGCUUUGAUGUUAUGUUAUUAAAAUGAUCCAACAGGUAA